AUAGCUGCGAUAUAUUAAUCAUGAAUGUGACAACACUGCCUGCCAUUUGCAAAGACCUGGACGGUGAUGACCGAUGGCUGAGUAUCCAUAAACGAUUCGUGGCCGAAUGUAAGGAGAAGGAUCCAGAUGUAAUGUUUAUCGGUGACUGCAUACUCGAAUCGCUGCAGUUUACCGACUAUUGGAACCAACAUUUCGUACCUAUGCAUUGCCUUAACUUUAGCAUACGCUCCGACCGAACGCAGAACAUUCUUUGGCGGCUACAGAAUGGUGAGCUGGACAAUGUGCGUCCGAAGGCGAUUGUCCUGCAUGCCGGUACCAACAACAUCGGCGAUUCGGCCGAGGAGGUGACCGAAGGCAUUCUGGAGCUAGUACGAACAAUUCGUCAGAAGCUGCCUGAUGUGUACAUUAUACUUCCGACUUUACUACCCCGUGGUCAGCAACCGAACGAGCUGAGGGAUAAAAAUGGCCUAGUAAAUCGAUUGCUGCGCGAACGCUGCAUCGGCAUUAAUAAGGUGCAAAUCGUCACUGUUGAUAAUGGGUUAAUACAGAGCGACGGCACGAUCAGUCAUCACGAUAUGUUCGAUUAUUUAAACCUUACCAAUGUAGGUUGCAAAAAGGUGUUCGAACCGGUUUGUGAUUUGUUGCAUCAAAUUCUUACCGAAAACGAACGGGAACGCGAUCUGACUCCUUCUGAAUAG